GGGGUUGGGGCUCCUGGGCUGCUAUUUUGCCUGGCAGCUUCUAUUAUAUUGUCAUUCCUUUAUUGUGUAUGUUCAGCGUUGUAUUCUCAUAUAUUACAUCUAGUCAUUCUAACAUUUCUUCCUUUAGGCUUCGGCAGCUUCCAGCCGCUCCUCUCUGAGUUUGGGUCAGACUAUGCAAUCUUAUUGGACCAAAGGCAGGGCUGUGGUGUCAGGUGAUGCAAGCAGCAGCCACUACUCUUUUCAUUCGCUCUCGGUAUGGAGAAAUCGCUGCUCUGUCAACCCGGAUGCUGUGCCAUAACUAUUGAUAAUUUUGCCCAGUGCGCAGCGCUGUAGGCAGAGCAAGGAAAUAUUUCAGUACCCUAGAAGCGGACAGCUCUCCCCAGACCCACACGCGUCUGACCACCGCGCUCCGCAUCCGAGUGUGUGGGGUUGGGGGAACGCACUUUAUACCCAAGAUAGGGGAGGGUGCAGCCGCCACGAUAAAGGGAAGCACACCCCAUGUUCCUGUAAGAUCGUGACCACUUGGCCGCCUCUGAAGAAAAAGACAGAGGGAGCGGAGCGUCACUACGGAGAGAGAUGGCGGAGUGCGGGCGGAAGGCGCUGUCGCUCCUGGAAGCGGCCCGCUCCCGGUAUGAGAGCCUGCAGAUAUCCGACGACGUGUUCGGCGAGUCCGGGGAUGACAGCAGCGACAAUCCCUUUUACAGCACCUCCGGAGACUCCGACUCGGACAACUACAUAGCUGAGAUAGGGGAGGAAGAGCAGCACCAGCACCAAAAACGGGGCGAUAAGGAGAUCGGGCACAGCGGAGGAGCAGGAGGUGGCAGCAGCGGAGCGGGUCCCCCGGGCUCUCUGUCCCGUAACCAGGCAGAGGAGGAGGGCUGGACGGAUACCCUGCAGGAUACCACAGUGCCGCCGUACAAAGAGACAUAUGGCCCUGCUCAGAAGAUGCCGGCCACAGCCACAGCCUUGGACUUCUUCCAGCUCUUUGUCCCGGACAACUGCAUCCAAACCAUGGUCACCCAGACUAACAUGUAUGCCAAGAAGUUCCAAGAGCGCUUCGGAUCAGACGACGGCUGGUGUCCUGUCACCGCACAGGAGAUGAAGGCCUUCCUGGGCUUUGUUACCUCCACCAGUGUCCACCGCUGUGAGUCGGUGCUCAGCAUCUGGAGUUCAGGCUUCUUCAGCAACCGCAGCAUCGCCUUGAAGAUGGGACAGGCGCGCUUUGAGAAGAUCCUCAAGUACUUCCACAUCGUGGCUUUCCGGCCAUCACAGGGAAGCAACCAGGGCCUGUACAAAAUCCAGCCCUUCCUGGAAUCACUGCAACAGUCAUUCAGCUGCACUUUCAGACCUUCACAGACACAGGUUCUUCAUGAGCCCUUGAUAGAUGAGGAUCCAGUGUUCAUCACCACCUGUACAGAAAGAGAACUGAGGAAGAGGAAGAAGAGGAAGUUCAGCCUCUGGGUUCGGCAGUGCACCUCCACCGGAUUCAUCUGUCAGAUCUCAGUUCAUCUGAAGGACGGCCAGGGUCCAGACGGUCUGGCCCCCUUGAAGCACAAACCUCAGCUCCACAGCCUUGUGGCCAAGCAGCUCUGCCAGAACAUCUCUGGCAAGAACACCAUCAUCUUCACCGGGCCAUCCAUCACGAGCCUCAGCCUCUUCACCGAGUUCAGUAAACAAGAUAUCUACUGCUGUGGUCUGCUGAGCACCAGGAAGAGCGACUGUACAGGCUUACCACAAAGCAUGCUGGUCUGUGGGUCCACGCCAGCGCAGCGAGGCCAGUCACGGGUGAUGAUGAAAGGCAGCAUGUCACUGAUCAGCUGGUACAACAAGGGACACUUCAGGUUCCUCACCAACGCUUACUCCCCAACAACACAAGGUAUGAUCAUUAAGAGGAAAAGUGGAGAGAUCCCGUGUCCUUUGGCUGUUGAGGCCUUUGCAGCGCACCUCAGUUACAUCUGCAAAUAUGACGACAAGUACAGCAAAUACUUUAUCUUCCAUAAGCCUAACAAGACCUGGCAGCAGGUGUUCUGGUUGAGCAUCAGCAUCGCCAUCAACAAUGCCUACAUCCUGUAUAAGAUGUCUGACGCCUACACGGUCAAACGCUACAGCCGAGCACAGUUUGGAGAGAGACUGGUCAGAGAGCUGCUGGAUCUAGACGACUGCUCCCCCACGCAAUGAGGACGGAAUAAUGAAAAGGAGGAGGACAGCAGGAGCGCACACACAAACACAGUCCCCACACGUACAUUUACACUCUUCUUUUCGGUCAUACAGACUCCACAGUCUGUGUCUAUGUGAUAAUACUGAGUCAGUGCCAAGCCUAUGUCUCCCUUCCUCUAGUGUUUUUUGUGGUACUGUAGAUAUUUGUUAACACAUGAUUGCACACCACACAAUAGAGAAUCGUGAGCCAUGGAGCAGUUCACAUUCCUCAACUGCAACCGCAGAGAUUUACUAAGGAUUUGUCAGCAGGAGCUAUUUCACAAGCAGAGAUGAAGCCAAACUGGAACGAAUUCACUCCUUCAUGAUGUCAGCUUCACGCGCUAGCUCUUGUCAAGUGGUGAAAUUAUUGAUAUGAGCCUGGACCUUCUGUGUGAGUGUUCAAACAUCUGCUGAUCAGGCUAAAAGGCUGCACAUAGGUUGAUAUUUACACUCUCCAAAAACACCUGCGGCACUAAAACAAAAGAUUAGUGAGCCUGGACUGUGGUGUGUUCACAUGCUGCAUGCAUAAAGAAUCUGGAUCGUGAUGUUCUCUUGUUCAAUGUGAAAAUGAUUUUUGCUCCAGGUGGGUUUUGAAAUUUGUGUGUAUGUAUUUAACUAGUGCAACUGCCAUUUGUGUGUGUGACACUGAGCCUGAUGAUGUAAAUGUAUGGCUAUUGUGACCCUGAUGUGUUGUGUUGCCGCACACUGUACUCGCUAAAGGAAGGCUGUCAAAUGACGUAAAGCCACACCCAUCAGUGUGCCACAAAUUUCAUUCUUAGAUUUUAUUUAUUAAGAGAUCAACACGUCACUCGUACGUGCACACAAGGCAAAACGCUUGGACUUUGUCGUGGAUGCUUUGGUUGUAAAAUCUCUUGACCUGCUCCAUCCUGAUUACUGUCAGCAGCAAACUACAAGUAAAACAACAGUUGUGGGUUUUUUAAAAUGAUUGGUGUAUAACAGUACUGCGGGGAAUGCUAGCAUGCUUGACCAAGUAGCAUUCAGCACUGCGAACCCCACCCUAAAUCAUUCCUGAGCUUUCAGAAAGUUCUACCCUACGAGCAGAGAUUUCUUGGGGAUAAAAAUAACUCCCUGGAACUUAAUUUAAACUUGGUUCCUCUUCCGGAAGGUCAUGUUGUAGAUCCUCAAAGGUUUCCAGUUCCACCUGGGAGGAACGUUUGUGUUCAUUUAGAAUCACAAGAAGCUGAUUUUUAAAAAAUGGGGUUUCAAAAAAAAAAAAAAAAUCUGCAGCAUACCAACAACACUUACAUUGCCAGACAAACUUGUCAUGCUUGUACUUUGUAUUUGUACUGUUUGUACUUUGGCUUUGCAGGGCAGAACAUGUUCAAAAUCUCCUUGAUUGCAUGUUCAGUAAGCCAGGGUUGCUAAGCAACAAGUCCAAUCUUGGCAAGCGGGCAGGAGUUUGGAUAAUUUUGCUUGGCAAGAUUUAGGCUGAAGAAGUAAAACCCGAAUCUCUGGUGGCUUAUGAGAUGCCCCAGAAAACCAAAUCCUAAUGUAGAUACAAGGCUUUGGAGCCAGUUACUUGCUUAUUGACGGUCUCAAAUUGGUGUUAUGACAAACUCCAAAAGUAAACACUGAUGUCCAAUAACUGUGCAAUUAUUUGAUGAUUAAAAAACAUGGAUAGUUGCUAUUAAUAAGAACAUACAAGUAAUAAUAGCGGUGGAUAUACAGUUUAUUUUAGUCUUUAGAGUAAUUGAAUUGCAGCUACCUUCAAUGUCUGAAAUGUAAGGAUGGAUGCGUUUUGGACAAUUAUUGUUAAUGUUCUUCCAGUGACACAUUUCCUGCCAGGUAACAGACUGAGACCUGCCAGUAGAAGUGUGAGCAGUGAGAGGUGAGCAUUUAUCUGCACUUACUGUCUUCAGACCACACUGCUGUCUGUAGCUUUAAUGAGGAUUUCAGACCUGUAUGCUUUGCUUAAUGCAGUCAGAAUGUUAUUGUCCUGCUGUAGUCGUGUUAAGAAGUUUUUAAGUGAAACGUUCUGAUGUGUGUUUGCUCCAUUGGCAUGGUUUGAUGUGUGACUGGGUAAUAUAGUGAGAUGACAGUCUUUACGCUGACAGGGCAAAGUGGCCGAGUGAUGUGCAGGCAGGACUAAUGCACUUUCCCCCAUCACAGUCUCGCACUUUGAGAAAGGUUGUAAAGUUAAUAACACAUUUAUUAGAUUAUCAUUUUAGUUUUCAAUUAAACCCAAUGAUAAUACACAAUGUUCAGAAAUAUGUGUAGAAUAUGAAACGAUAUGUUCUGUAAAUAUACAUAGAUAAAUGAAAUGGAUGGAUAUACAUUUAUGUCAAUGGAAUACAACUAAAAGUAAUGAGAGUAACCAAAAAAGAAAUUAUUUACAUUGUAGGUUUAAAGUACAAGGUACAGUACGUAUGUGCAUAUUUUAUUUAGAAAUGUGUGUAUAUGUGUGUGUGUUUCCACUCUCUCACUUAGUUUCAGGAUUGUGUAUUUUUUAACUUUUUCACCGACCCCAAGCCUCGUUGUUGUCAUGGAUGCUUCUGUGUGUGUGAAACACUGAAUGUUGUCAUGUUUCUAAUCACUGUUUGCCUCAAAGUAGCACUCUUAAUCUUAAAAGACACCUUUGUCUUGUCUGUCAAUGCAUGUUUUAAUACAGCAUUUGAUAUGGUCAAAUUGGGUCUUACUGUUAAAUUGGAGCACAGCUGUGGCCAUUGUAGAAACACAUUCUGUCCCUUAGUAUACAUACCAGUACUUUGGUAAUUCAAGUAAAAAUCCCCACUACUUAAAACCCAAGUGUGUUUUCAUCCAUCUGUUUUUAUGCACAUUUUAACAUAAAAAUGACUGGAAAUGCCUUUUCAAAUUAAUACAACAAGCAGAAAUGCAACAAUUCCUUCGCAUUUUCAACAGAUUUUAAUUACAUCAUCCUGCUUUUUCUGCAGUGACUUAAUGGCACCUGACUGGAUAACUAGUGCCACCACUUGUUUAUUAUGUCAGUGGGCCCAGCUCCCGAUGAUCGCAUAACUGGUGGAAAGAAAUACACAUUCUCAUUUUCCCUUGAUGGAUUUCUGUAAAUUCACUAAACACGUUGCUAAAUUUGGAUGGAAAUGUGACUAAUCUUGACACUAUUUAAAGAGUAACUUAAUAUGUUGCUGGAUAGCUGACAUUUAACAAUCCUACAGGUUGAAAUCCAUUGCACAGUAUGUAAAGACAGAGAGACCAGUUUCCCCACUGAGACUUCCAGUAUGGCAAGUCAUGCUAUACUCUGAGUAAUGGGCAUGGAUGCAGUCAUUGCUAACUGCAGCAGAAAUAGACAAAGCAGGCUGAUGGAGAUUGAAUACAGCAGAAAAGUACAAUCUGGCUCUUCAAAGCAAAAUGACCCCUGGGCUACACCACAAAACGGUGAAGCACCUACAAUAUAACUGCCAGAUGUAUCCUAGAAUGAAUAUGUUCCUUAUAGUGUGCCAUUUGUGUAGAAAAAUGGUUAACAAAUCUGCAGACUCUGGCGGUCUCACCCAAGCCUCACACACACACACACACACACACACACACACAGCUUACGACUGAAAUGGCCUAGAAUGUGUGUGACAUCUGCGGAGGUUUUGAUGUAGUGGCUCUGUUGCUUAGCUCAGAGCACAAAGGAAUUCUGCCCAGUUACUUGGCAGCAAAUUACAUAUGACUGUAUGUGUGUGUGUGAGAGAGAGUAAUAUGGGGAAGUAAUUUAAGUUUCUCUGCCCUUAUAGUAAUGUUAUCACUCUGGUUACAGACUGUUGUGGUUUCCUCUUUAUCAUUCAUCAUAAGAGGGGGGCUGAGGAUCCACUCCAGUGAUACUUGAGCAGGGUUACAUUUAUCCCAGCUCAAACAUAUGGUUUUGUUUUAAAUUCUUAGGUUAAUCACUGAAGUAAU